AUGUCUGGUGUUUGGAUAUUUGACAAGAAGGGUGUAGCUCGGUUGCGAGCCAACCCGACGCGAGAGUCUUUCGAGCAGACGGACCCUCCGUACCCCGGAACAGCCACGGCUCCUGGGGCUCGGCCCCGGGUCCUGGUUUAUCUUCCGGCGAAUCACGUUAUCCGGUCUUAUGCUGAGCUCGAGCAGAGACUCGGUGAACUCGGGUGGACUCGCUACUUCAACUCAAACCAAACUCAGCUCAUCCAGUUUCAUAAAUCCGAAACGUCGAGUCACCUCAUCUCGUUGCCGAAAAGUUUCGCCAACUUCAAGGCGUUACACAUGUAUGAUAUCGUCGUUAAAAAUAGGUCGUUCUUUGAAGUACGUGAACCUUGA